GCCGCCAUGGCUGAGACCGCCCCACCUGCAGCGCCUGCCGCCGCCGCUCCGGCCCCCGCCGCUAAGAAGCCGAAGAAAGCGACGGGUGGCUCUAAAGCCCGCAAACCCGCCGGCCCCAGCGUCACCGAGCUGAUCACCAAGGCCGUCUCCGCCUCCAAGGAGCGCAAGGGGCUCUCCCUCGCCGCGCUCAAGAAGGCGUUGGCUGCCGGCGGCUACGAUGUGGAGAAGAACAACAGCCGCAUCAAGCUGGGGCUCAAGAGUCUUGUUAGCAAGGGCACCUUGGUGCAGACUAAGGGUAUUGGUGCAUCUGGGUCUUUCCGCCUCAGUAAGAAGCCCGGAGAAAUGAAGGAAAAAGCCCCUAAAAAGCGGACAGCUGUGGUCAAGUCCAAGAAGCCGGCAGCCAAGAAGACCGCCAGUGCUGCCAAGAAGCCCAAGAAAGCGGUGACAGCAAAGAAAAGCCCCAAGAAAGUUAAGAAGCCGGCGGCUGCUGCUGCCAAGAAGGCAGCCAAGAGCCCCAAGAAGGCGAUCAAGGCUGCCAAGCCCAAGAAGGCGGUGGCAGCAACGAAGAGCCCGGCCAAAGCGAAGGCGGUGAAGCCCAAAGCAACCAAGCCCAAGGUGGCCAAGCCGAAAGCGGCCAAGGCAAAGAAGGCAGCGCCUAAGAAGAAGUGAACCCGUGUGGGAGAAAACUUUUCCUCCGCACUUAAAACCCAACGGCUCUUUUAAGAGCCACCCACUUUCUCUUGAAAGAGCUGAAACGCUGUGGCUGCCACCUGUUCUGGGGAAGCGGGCAAAGGGGAGGUGGUCAUGGGACUGGCGGUCUGCUGGCGAGAGCGCUUUUGGUUCGGGUGCAGGCAGAAGAGGGUCAGAGCAGUGAAGUUCGGAGGUGCUGUUGUGCCUCCGCUCACCGGGGAGAGCAGAGCCGGGCGCUGGAGGCGUUGGGAAGCUCCCAAGUGCGCAGGG